AUGUUGAUUGAAACAAACAAAAUGCACAACCGCAAUGCUACCAUGGAGGUUCUGGAUAUCCGUCUCCAGGGAGAGGACUCAACGAAUCUGCGUGAGGAGCUGGUCGCCAGUCUGACAAGGCCCGCAUCAUACAGAUCCAUACCAUCAAUUUUGUUAUGGGACGACCGCGGUCAAGAGCUGUUUGAAGAUAUCAUGAACUGCCCACAGUACUAUCCCUUCCGAGCUGAAUUGGCCUUGUUGAGUGGCUACAGCAGCCAGAUGGUGACCGCGACAGGUCAGAGCCGUUUGAUCAUCGAGCUUGGAGCUGGGAACUGCAAAAAGACAUUGGCUUACCUUACGGCUCUAGAAAAGCGACGGAUACCAACGGCUUACUUUGCCGUGGAUAUUGCGCCAGACAGCCUGACCAACAGUCUGGCGCAGUUAUCAGAGAACAUGAGCAGCUUUCAAUACGUGAUCUGUCAUGGAAUGUUGGGAUCGUACGACGAUUGUGUCCAGCUACUCGAAGAUAAUGACGCCUUCGGUGCCGAAGACGUGUUAUUCCUGUGGUUUGGAAACAGCAUUACGAACCUACCGUGGAAGAAGGCAACGGAGUUGAUCAAUCAUCUCCUUUGCACCAAGUCCAGGCGCACUAAGCUGCUGCUAUCGGUAGAUGGUUGCAGGAGCGAAGAGCUGAUUCUGACUGCCUACGAUCUACCAGGAGGCCAAUCGCGCCAGUUUAUACAGAAUGGAUUGACUCAUGCGAAUGCAGUGCUCGGCGACGAGGUAUUUGACUGCGCUGACUGGGACUUUGAAGGCUCCUGGGAUCCCGUAUCUGCCAUGCACAACAGUUACCACGUUGCCAAGCGUGACCUCACUAUCCAAGUGGACGGACAGACAGUGCCAUUUACCAAAGGAGAAAAGCUACAUGGUAUCAUGAGCGGCAAAUGGGACAGUGAGAUAGUUGGUCGACUUUGUGAAGCAGCCGGGGUGACUGUGGAGCGCCACUGGACUCGGCCAGUUGAUAAUUUUGGUAAGUCUAUGACCCUUGUUUUGAUGGAAAUGUACUGA